UCUCCUCUCUCUCCCCUCCUCCCUUCCUACUACUAGUUGCUGGCUCUUCCCACCUCAUCUCGCAUUGCAAUCUCGCAUCGUCUCCUCCUCCUCGGCUCCUCCCCUUCUCCUCCUCUCCCCUUUCUCAUCCCUCCUCCUCGCUUCCCAACCCUGGAUCCAAAUCCCAAGCUAUCCCAAAGCCGAAACCGAGGAGAGGGAAAAGGUUUGGCGCAAUUAUUAGCUGGAGUAGAUAGCUAGGUAGGUUGGGGGCGAGAGAUCAUGAAGCGCGAGUACCAAGACGCCGGCGGGAGCGGCGGCGGUGGCGGAGCCAAUAUGGGGUCGUGCAAGGACAAGGUGAUGGCGGGGGCGGCGGGGGAGGAGGAGGACGUCGACGAGAUGCUGGCGGCGCUCGGGUACAAGGUGCGGUCGUCCGACAUGGCCGACGUUGCGCAGAAGCUGGAGCAGCUGGAGAUGGCCAUGGGGAUGGGCGGCGUGAGCGCCCCCGGCGCUGCGGAUGAUGGGUUCGUGACGCACCUGGCGACGGACACCGUGCACUACAACCCCUCUGACCUCUCCUCGUGGGUCGAGAGCAUGCUUUCCGAGCUCAACGCGCCGCCGCCCCCUCUCCCGCCGGCGCCUCCUGCUGCUCGGCUUACUUCCACCUCGUCCACGGUCACCGGUGGAGGGUUCUUUGAGCUCCAAGCUGCCGGCGACUCGUCGAGUAGCACGUACGCUCUCAGGCCGAUCCCCCCGCCGGUUGUGGCGACAGCUGACCUGUCGGCUGACUCGGCGAGGGACUCCAAGCGGAUGCGCACUGGCGGCGGCAGCACUUCAUCCUCCUCCUCGUCGUCUUCAUCUCUGGGCGGUGGUGCCUCGCGGGGUUCUGUGGUGGAGGCUGCUCCGCCGGCGACGCAAGGGACCGCGGCGGCGAACGCGCCCGCCGUGCCGGUUGUGGUGGUGGACACGCAGGAGGCUGGGAUCCGGUUGGUGCACGCGCUGCUGGCGUGCGCGGAGGCCGUGCAGCAGGAGAACUUCGCGGCCGCGGAGGCGCUGGUCAAGCAGAUCCCCACGCUGGCUGCGUCCCAGGGCGGCGCCAUGCGCAAGGUUGCUGCCUACUUCGGCGAGGCCCUCGCCCGCCGCGUCUACCGCUUCCGGCCGGCUGACAGCACCCUCCUCGACGCCGCCUUCGCCGACCUUCUCCACGCCCACUUCUACGAGUCCUGCCCCUACCUCAAGUUCGCACACUUCACCGCAAAUCAAGCCAUCCUCGAGGCUUUCGCCGGCUGCCGCCGCGUCCACGUCGUCGACUUCGGUAUCAAGCAGGGGAUGCAAUGGCCAGCUCUUCUACAGGCUCUCGCCCUUCGUCCUGGCGGCCCCCCUUCCUUCCGCCUCACCGGAGUUGGCCCUCCGCAGCCAGACGAGACUGAUGCCUUGCAGCAGGUGGGUUGGAAACUUGCCCAGUUCGCGCACAACAUUCGCGUCGACUUCCAGUACCGGGGACUCGUCGCCGCCACACUCGCGGACUUGGAGCCGUUCAUGCUGCAGCCGGAGGGCGAGGCGGACGCUAACGACGAGCCUGAGGUGAUCGCCGUGAACUCUGUGUUCGAGCUUCACCGGCUGCUCGCGCAGCCCGGUGCCCUCGAGAAGGUCCUGGGCACGGUGCACGCGGUGCGGCCAAGGAUCAUCACCGUUGUCGAGCAGGAGGCCAACCACAACUCUGGCUCAUUCCUUGACCGAUUCACCGAGUCGCUGCACUACUACUCCACCAUGUUCGAUUCUCUCGAGGGCGGCAGCUCCGGCCAGGCUGAGCUCUCGCCGCCAGCUGCCGGGGGCGGCACGGACCAGGUCAUGUCCGAGGUGUACCUCGGCCGACAGAUCUGCAACGUCGUGGCGUGCGAGGGCGCGGAGCGCACGGAGCGCCACGAGACGCUGGGGCAGUGGCGCAAUCGCCUAGGCCGCGCCGGCUUCGAGCCCGUGCACCUGGGCUCCAAUGCCUACAAGCAGGCGAGCACGCUCCUCGCGCUCUUCGCCGGCGGCGACGGCUACCGGGUGGAGGAGAAGGAGGGCUGCCUCACGCUGGGUUGGCACACGCGCCCGCUCAUCGCCACCUCGGCAUGGCGCGUCGCCGCGGCGUGAUCACAAGUUUUUGGGACGCUGCAGCACGUGUUUGCCGCCGAUCACGGCGCAACCCCCCUUCUCCCGGCUCACCGGCGGCACAGUUGAAGCUUUACGUCAACGAACGCUCAAUUGCAGCGACCGAUCGGGCUACGGUUCUCGCCGGCGUGAAGAGAUGGACAACUGGACUCCGACCAGACCGCCGGCCUGUUCGUUCUCCUUUCCGAAUUACCCCCCACCCCCUGCUCCUCGUAGCCCUCUAUUAUGUUUAAAUGUCAAUUAUUAUCUGUAAUUUUUCCAAUCGCUCAUAUUAAAUAAGGACGAACCGGACUGGAUUUCAUUAGCUCCAAUGAGAAUUUUGUAUACAAGGCAUCGAUCUAAAACUGAGCUAUGUUCAUGAGUUAUAGAAU